AUGGUCCAGAGGCUGUGGGUGAGCCGCCUGCUGCGGCAUCGGAAAACCCAGCUCCUGCUGGUCAACCUGCUGACCUUCGGCCUGGAGGUGUGUCUGGCCGCGGGCAUCACCUACGUGCCCCCCCUGCUGCUGGAAGUGGGGGUAGAAGAGAAGUUCAUGACCAUGGUGCUGGGCAUCGGUCCAGUGCUGGGCCUCGUCUCGGUCCCGCUCCUGGGCUCAGCCAGUGACCACUGGCGUGGGCGCUAUGGCCGCCGGAGGCCCUUCAUCUGGGCCCUGUCCCUGGGCGUCCUGCUGAGCCUCUUCCUCAUCCCGAGGGCCAGCUGGCUGGCGGGGCUGCUGUGCCCGGACACCCGGCCCCUGGAGCUGGCGCUGCUGAUCGUGGGCGUGGGGCUGCUGGACUUCUGCGGCCAGGUGUGCUUCACCCCGCUGGAGGCCCUGCUCUCCGACCUCUUCCGGGACCCGGACCACUGCCGCCAGGCCUUCUCCGUCUACGCGUUCAUGAUCAGCCUCGGGGGCUGUCUGGGCUACCUCCUGCCCGCCAUCGACUGGGAUGCCAGCGCCCUGGCCCCCUACCUGGGCACCCAGGAGGAGUGUCUCUUCGGCCUGCUCACGCUCAUCUUCCUCACGUGCAUGGCGGCCACCCUGCUGGUGGCCGAGGAGGCGGCGCUGGGCCCUGCCGAGCCGGCCGAAGCGCUGUCCAUCCCGCCCCCCAGGCCGGCCCGCGGCUGCCCGAGCCGUGCCCGCCUGGCUCUGCGGAACCUGGGCGCCCUGCUGCCCCGGCUGCACCAGCUCUGCUGCCGCGUGCCGCGCGCCCUGCGCCGGCUCUUCGUGGCCGAGCUGUGCAGCUGGAUGGCGUUCAUGACCUUCACGCUGUUUUACACAGACUUCGUGGGCGAGGGGCUGUACCAGGGCGUGCCCAGGGCCGAGCCAGGCACUGAAGCCCGGAGACACUACGAUGAAGGAGUCCGGAUGGGCAGCCUGGGGCUGUUCCUGCAGUGUGCCACCUCCCUGCUCUUCUCCCUGGUCAUGGACCGGCUGGUGCAGCGAUUCGGCACCCGGGCGGUCUACCUGGCCAGCGUGGUGGCCUUCCCCGUGGCUGCCGGCGCCACGUGCCUGUCCCGCAGCGUGGCUGUGGUGACCGCCUCCGCCGCCCUCACAGGCUUCACCUUCUCCACCCUGCAGAUCCUGCCCUACACGCUGGCCUCCCUCUACCACCGGGAGAGGCAGGUAUUUCUUCCCAAGCACCGAGGAGACGCCGGAGGGAGUGCUCCGGAAGACAGCCUGCUGACCAGCUUCCCGCCCGGCCCCAAGGCCACGCCCCCCUUCCCCAACGGACACGUGGGCGCGGGGGGCAGCGGCCUGCUCCCCUCCGUGCCCGCGCUCUGUGGGGCCUCCGCCUGCGACGUCUCCAUGCGUGUGGUGGUGGGCGAGCCGCCCGAGGCCAGGGCCGUCCCGGGCAGGGGCAUCUGCCUGGACCUCGCCAUCCUGGACAGUGCCUUCCUGUUGUCCCAGGUGGCCCCGUCCCUGUUCAUGGGCUCCAUCGUCCAGCUCAGCCAGUCCGUCACGGCCUACAUGGUGUCGGCCGCGGGCCUGGGACUGGUUGCCAUCUACUUUGCUACGCGGGUGGUAUUUGACAAGAGUGACUUAGCCAAAUACUCAGUGUAG